AUGCUUUUUGCAGACGAUGUAGUUCUGAUAGAUGAGACUCGAGGGGGUGUGAAUGACAAAUUAGAGGUGUGGAGGCAAACUCUUGAGUCUAAAGGGUUCAGGGUGAGCAGAAGCAAGACAGAGUAUGUGGAAUGCAAGUUUAAUGACGUGAGGCGGGAGAAUGAGGUAGUAGUGAAGUUGGAAGCACAGGAGGUAUGUAAGAGGGAUAAUUUCAAGUAUCUUGGGUUCGUGAUCCAGAGUAACGGUGAGAUUGACGAGGAUGUCUCGCACCGUAUUGGGGCGGAAUGGAUGAAGUGGAAGCUCGCGGCGGGGGUGCUGUGUGAUAAGAAGGUGCCGCCCAAGCUUAAAGGCAAAUUCUACAGGGUGGUAGUCAGUUCGGCCUUGUUGUAUGGAGCGAAGCCAUUUGCUUUUCCUAAAAAUCCUUUAGUUCUCUUCAUCUUCUCUUGCAAUUGCAUGCAAGAACAAGAUGAAAAAUCUGUUGCAGGAAAAGCAGCUAGUGCACAAAUGGUAGCUGCUGUCAAGCAAACAACGAAUCCGAACCAAGGAGAACCAGUUCUUAAGUGGCAGAUGGGAUGA